AUGGUGCGCGAUUUCACCAAAGUCAAUCUCGACAAUUCCAAUCCGCAGAUCGCUUCCGAUCUGAUGGGCAAACUUCCAGCUGAGAUCCGCAACCAGAUCUGGGAUCUCGUCUUGGAGUCGGCCCCGGUCUUCAUCCGCAGCAACAGGUUCGCCAGGCCUACUCCGCCAGGCAUUUUGUUGAGCUGCAAACAAGCCUACUACGAGGCGAUCAAGCUGCACUGGAGCAACUCCAGCUUCUGCGUCUCCAUACCCAAGCCGGAAUGCUGGUUCACCCGGAUCGGACGGCGCCGACGCAAGCUACUCAAGAAUGUCAGAGUCGGUACAGACAAAUUCGUUCUGCCGGCUGUUCAAACGAGCGCUGCGGGCUCCAGGACAAUCUUCGGCUUGUUAGACCAGCUGGAUGAUGCUAAGAAGCUGCUCGAACAAUGUCAAGCUGGAAGAAGGGAUGUGGCUCCAGGUGACCCGGUACGGAACACACCCAUGUACGGAGAACCUGUGAACAUCUUCUGGACUGCGUAUCCCGACGAGACCGCUCAAGGCCGUAUGGAAAAGCAGAGAGCCUUUACCGAUGUCUUCCAGAAGUGUUCCACGAUCGCCAUGACCUGCGCCCUCGAUGACGGACAGUGGGAGCCAUCUUCGGACGUCAUUGGGCGAUAUUCAGUAUCUUCCAAUUCUCAGAAUCGAAAAAAAAACUCGAAUCUUUCAAUCUCUGGUUCGGAGGCUUCGCACAAGAUCUAUCUUCAGAGAUCAUUUCAGAAUUAUAAUCAAGUCUCCACAGGGGCUUGGUAUUGGAGGAGUUGGGAAGAGGAGAGGGUUGACUUGAGAUGUGAUAGAGGUGAAUUUGAUGUUGCUGCGGAAGUGUCGGUUUGGACCGCUGCUGAGCCGGAGGAGAUGAGGAGGCCGUAUUUGAAGGCUUGGGUCUAUCUCUGGACUGCUUCGCCACCAUAUUGGAAUAGGGAAGGCGGGAAAGUCGCAGAUGGACGAUCGCAGCUGUUAAUUGGGUUCUGGACCCUUGGCGCAGAUGAAAAUUAUCUCUUUCAAGGAAGGGUGAUGUUGGAUGCGCAUUUGGCUUCAAGACGAAGUGAAACACCAGAUCUUGCCAUCAUGCUAAACGAGUGUUUCUUAUUCGCACUGGUACCCGCGUUUAGCUGUAAAGCACCAUGGCUUGCAAGAUCCGUAGCUGCGGCCGUGUCGCAAUCACAAGCUGCAUCGAGUGAAGUUGGCUCAGAGAAGGUUCCGGUCAAACUUCACUUCGAGGGUCGCGCUUGUAGAAGUGAUGCGUUUCAACCUUUCUUCGAAUCCUGGAAAAAAACAUCAACCUCGACAAUCGAUUUGGCGAGCAUCAAACACAACCCAACCCACCGUCCGCUCCGCGCGAAGAGCGCCGCCGUCGCCGUCAUGUGGAACCUCGCUGACUUUACAAGAGUCGACCUCGGCAACGCCUCCCUGCAGGAGGACUCGCCAUUGAUGCAGAAGCUGCCGCCGGAACUCCGUCACCGCAUUUAUGGGCUUGCGCUCGAUGAUACGGUCACGGUAAACAUCGGUGUUCGCCCAAAUGACAUCCACAAGGAGGGAUUGCCAGCUGCGCCGCCGCUCAUGCUAUCUUGCAAGCAAGUCUACGCAGAGGCGAUCAAGUUGUAUUGGUGCAACUCAACUUUCCGCUUUCCACACGCAACGAGCAAGAGGUUCGUGACUUGGUCGUCGAACAUCUGUCGUCGUCGCCGCGAGUUGCUGAGUAAUGUCGAAAUUCAUAAUAUGUCGAGAUUCAUGACGCCUGAGUACAACCUCGACAUCGGCUCCAAGUGGAUGGACCAAAUUUGGAAGAAGAUGGCCGCGAGCGGUGAGCGCACGCUCGAGGAAUGUCAAGCUGGCAGGAGAGGCAUCGCUGCUGGAGUCAUCAAGACCAAUCUUUUACUUCCAUCUUCGAAGGCCAUCGACUUGCUAGGCCACAGGUACUCUAUGCUAGGCCACAGGUACCACACAAUUGCCCAAGAGAUCUGGACAGCGAACCCGAAGGAGACGGUUAUCAUGACUGGCCUGCACGGCGACGAUGGGCCACAUAGCGGAACUCAUGCGAAGGGCGAAUACGAGAACGAAUCAACUAGACGAGCAAAGGGGUUCGUUCGAAUGAGAGAAGGACUGGAGGCGCCGCACUUUUGGGACUGGCUCGGAAGAGGUGGAUGGUCACGCUUGCGCUUUUCAACAGCGGUCUUUCUCGCCAUGCAUUUCAGACGCUUGAAGAGUCCGGGUGACUCGGAUAUCAAGGAUCAUAGUCAUUUCGACGAUAAGAAGAGGAUCAAAGUAGCUCUCUUUACCUGCACAUGUUCAUCGUCAAUUGAGGCAUGUCUCCCACCAUCAAAGCGCUUACUCACACGUGAAAUUCGAGAAGUGCUCUGCAGGUCGGUCACGGCUUUGCCAUGGUCUGCCAAAGGAGAUGGGCUAACGACGAAUAUCGUUCUCGUUCGAGACAUGCGACGCUGGAUGAUGCCGCAAUGCAGUCUUUGCUGCUUCCAUUCCUCAUACAAAACGCCCAGAAAAGCUGGCGAUGUCGCUCAAUGCUUUUUACCAUCUGGUAUCAUCGAAGCCCGAAGCUCCUUCAAUCCUUUCCAUACAUGA